AUCUCCAAGAUGUCAUGGCACCCUCCGUACCACAGCUCAAAGUUCCGUCACGUUUAUGGCCGUGUGGCGAGUCGUGAGCAGAGCUACAACGGUCUGCAGAUCACCGGUGGUGUCCAGGACAGUCAUUGCUGUGCCGUCAACCCACAAUUCAUCGCCGUGGUUACUGAAAGUACCGGGGGAGGAGCAUUCAUCGUCAUCCCUGUCCGUCAAACAGGACGGGUAGACCCCCACCAUGCACGUGUGUGUGGGCAUCAGGCCAGGGUUCUGGACGUGAAGUGGGACCCCUUCAAUGACCAGCGCAUCGCCUCCUGCUCCGAAGACUGCACGGUUAAGGUGUGGGACAUCCCUAAAAAUGGUUUGAAGGAGAACAUUAUCUUCCCCCGGAAGGAGCUCAUAGGCCACGCCCGCUGGGUGGGGCUGAUCGAGUGGCACCCAACUGCCAAAGACGUGCUGCUAAGCUCAGCCUAUGACUACCAAGUGUGUGUGUGGCGUUUGGACACUGUCACUGCUGUGGCCAAGACACCGGUGUGUGUGAUCCGCUCACACACUGAUCUGGUUCUGUCUGUUAGCUUCAGUGAGGAUGGCAGCAGGCUGGCUACAACCUGCAGGGACAGAAAUGUCAGAGUACUCGACCCACGCACAGGUCACCUGCUACAGGGCUCCUACAAUCAGUCUCAUAAGGCCUGGAAGGUUUUGUUUCUGACCAACCUGAAUCUGCUGCUCACAACUGGAACCUCCCUGUGGAACCAGAGACAGUAUGCGCUUUGGGACCCGGAGGACCUGUCUAAACCUCUGCUUGAGGAAGACCUGGAUGGAGGUUGUGGGGUUGUCUUUCCUUUCUACGACCCUGACACACACAUGCUCUACUUGGCCGGCAAGGGAGAUGGAAAUAUUCGCUAUUAUGAAGUCAGUGCAGAAAAACCAUACAUUCACUUCCUGGCAGAACAUCGCUCUUUGCUUCCACAACGUGGCAUGGGUGUGAUGCCCAAGCGUGGCGUAGACACCAAGUCGUGUGAAGUGUUCCGCUUCUACCGUCUCGUGCCCGUUAAGGACCUGUUGGAGCCCUUAUCCUUCCUUGUACCUCGUAAGUCCGAUGGCUUCCAGGAAGACAUCUACCCAAUGACAGCUGGUGGUGAGGCAGCCAUGACGGCUCAGGAGUGGCUCAUGGGGCAGAACAGAGGCCCAAUUCUGAUGUCCCUGAAACCUGGGAGUAAAAUCCAAAACCCAUACCCAGCUCCAGUGGAGGCAGCUGGGCCUGACCACUCAGCCAACAGCCAGAACCUCCAGAACCUCCAUGAGCCUGGCAGGCUUUUCCCUCAGGAGGAGAUGGCCAAUCAGGACAAAGAAUAUGAGCUGGCCAAUCAGCACGUGGAGUAUGACAUCAGUGACCUAUCAGGAUGGCAGGAGGAUGAGACCCAGGGGUACGGCGUGAGCAACACGCACACCCCAGACUCAGUCUGGCCACACAGACACGGGGAGCAGACAUGGCCUGAAUCAGAUGCGUACACACUACCUGUGGCAGAGAAAGAGAUGUGGCAGCUGUUCUACAUGCAGAGGGAGGAGAUUCGGUCGCUACGACAACAGCUGGACCAGCGCGACAACAGGAUCCAGCAGCUUGAGCUGGAAAUCAAGAACAUGCAUAACCAGCAUAACCAGACUGUGCUGAGAGCAGAAUACACAUUUGUAUCAAAAUUACAGUACAAUGAUUCUCCAACACGACUGCACCACGACUACCACAAAAGACUCAUUACUGAAUUCCACUGUGCAAGCCCCUCCAUUCCUCACUGA